ACAUGUAUAGUUACAAUACAAUUCAUCGAUCAUGAUCACCUCGACCAAUACUUGCUGAAAACCGCAUAAAAGUGCAUCGUUAUCAGUUCUUCAUCAUCCGUCACAAAGUUUCACUAAUUCAAUCUUAGUUGCACAUUGCAGGACGUCAACACCGUCUAACAAAAUCCAAGAUCGUCAUCAUAAUAGCUUCUGUUUCAGGAAUCGGAAUAGGCACAUGCAUGUUAAUUGUACUAGUCCUCUCGUUCAAACGAAUGAACUCACUAAAGAGAGGUAAAUAUGUUGAGGCUUUGUUGAAAAAACAUGGAUCUCCUGGUCAUAAGAGGUACACUUAAAAACAGAUCUGAAGAGAAUCACAAAUUCCUUCAAGAUCAAGCUAGGUGAAGGAGGCUAUUAUAUUGUAUACCACCCAGAAUCAUGUGGCUAUCCUGGUUUUAAGCUCAAUUGCAGCAUCAAUAAUCAAAACCCAAAAAUUUAUUAACUACACCUUCAUGGGAGAAAUUCAAUUUUCUAAAAAUGAAUCAAACUUCACUUACUAUCUCUGUUUCUCGAGACGAUGUCUGGAACGGUCGCUAUUACUGUCCAUCUACCUUGGUCAAUAACUCCUCAAACUACACACUUUUCAGAUACACUCCAACAGUUCAAAUUGUUACCCUUUAUUAUGAUUGUCCGAUUGGAAAAUCUGGUCUUGGUAAUCGGUAAUCCAUUUCCAUAUAAGUAUUCUGUUGGUGGGUAUUAUGUAAUCAGUGAUAUAUAUAAUAUCCCACCAAGUUUAUGCAGAGGGAACAUCUUUUUCCCUUUCUUUAGUGAACCUUAGAUUGGGUGUUCUGAAGCCAAUAGGUAAAUUUACAACGCAUGAGCGAACAAAUGCAUCCAAGCCUGUAAAUUGAAGAUAGACAUAAACGAGAGAGAAUAAGUUUGUGGAUAAGAUUUUAAAAAAUACUGUCAAAAUGGGAAAGGUAACAAAUUCAAAAGACGCGGACUAGGGAAGUAAGUUUUGUAAAUUCAUAGGAAAUAGACUGUGACUUGGUAGCUACCCGAAUAAUAUUAAAUUGUGGAAGAAUUGAAAAAUCAAAGUAUAUUUUUCAACAUCCGCUUUUAAUAAUCGUGUACUUCAACUCAAUAGUCACCCAACAUAUAUUUUUAGAAGUUUCAUGGUGACUUAAGUGAAUAAAAAUAAAACUCUGCACCAAAAUCUCCAAAAAAAAUGAAGUUUUCUGUUCAAUAUUUAGCCUUCUUCAUGAUCAUCAUCUUCACCUUGAUCAUCCAACUACAUAAAUUCGUAGAGGCAGGUGAAUAUGAUGAAUGUAAAAAACCGUUUCUCUGUGGGAAAACCAACAUGGGCUACCCUUUCUACAACGAAGAAAAGGGUCGUCCUAUGUAUUGUGGUCAUCCCGGGUUUGGGGUCAGUUGCGAGGAUAAUAAUUUAUGGCCGGAAAUUUCUGUGAUGACAUCUUCUUCGGAGAAAUUCUAUCUUGUAGAUAUGAAUUUAGCUUCAGAUAUAAUUUCUGUUUCUCCAGAAGUUUUAUUGAGUAAAGAUCUUUGUCCGGAACCACAAGACUUGUAUGAUACAUUUGAUACUACCUUAAAUUUGAGCACUUACAGCUACAUACCAACUGCUGAAAAUGUUACCCUUUACUAUGAGUGUUCUUUUCCUUCUUCACAAUUCUCAUCAUAUAAAAACCAGAUUCUCUGCGGCUUAGAUAGUGGUUCACCCAAUGCCUUUUUUAUGACUCCAAAUUUAAAAUCCCAGCCAGGUUUUCACGAAAUCCCACCAGAUAAAUGCAAAAUGAAUGUAUCCAUCCCAGUGAGCAAGUCUUUAAUUGAUGGUAUCAAAGAUAGAAAGACCUUAUGGAACGCGUUUCAGACUGGUUUCGAGUUGAAAUGGAUUGCUGAGAACAAGAAAUGUGCUGAUUGUCGAAAAUCAAAUGGGGUGUGUGGGUAUGAUGCAACAAGUUUUACUUGCUAUUGUCCUGAUGGACAUCAUGGCCCUACAUGCUAUGUUAAAUCCCUUGCUAAAAGUCAAAAAAAUCGUCUCACUAAAUCCCAGAUCAAAGUCAUCCUAGCUUCUGUUUCAGGAAUCGGAUUAGGCGUAUGCUUGUUAAGUGUACUGAUCCUCUCCUUCAAAAGAAUGAACUCAAUUAAAAAAAGCAAAGAUGUAGAAGCUUCGUUAAAAAAACAUGGAUCGCUUGGUCCAAAGAGGUACUCUUACACAGAUUUGAAGAGAAUCACAAACUCCUUCAAAAUCAAGCUAGGCGAAGGAGGCUAUGGUAUUGUAUACAAAGGAAAACUACACAAUGGGCAUCAGGUGGCAGUGAAAAUUCUAAAGAAAUCAUCAAAAGAACAAUUGGAUGUGGUUGAAUUCAUCAACGAAGUAGCAAGUAUCGGAAACACCAAUCAUAAAAACAUUGUAAAACUCCUAGGUUUUUGUUACGAGGGUCAAAAACGCGCUUUUGUGUAUGACUACAUGCCUUGCGGUUCUCUUGAAAAGUUCACAUAUGGAAGCAGGCAGAAAAGCAACCAACUACUCUCAUGGGAAAGUUUAUUUGAAAUUGCAGUGGGGAUUGCAAGAGGGCUUGAGUACUUGCACCGGGGGUGCAACCUGAGGAUUUUACACUUCGACAUUAAGCCCCAAAACAUUCUAUUAGACGAGAAUUAUUGCGCUAAGAUAUCUGAUUUCGGCCUAGCUAAGAUAUGCCCACAGAAAGAUAGCAUAAUAUCAAUGUCUGAAGCAAGAGGAACAGUUGGGUACAUUGCUCCUGAGCUCAUGUUCAAGAGUUUUGGCGGGGUUUCUCAUAAAUCAGAUGUUUAUAGCUAUGGGAUGUUGGUUCUAGAAAUAGUUGGAUGUCGAAACAAUGCUAAUGCUAAAGCGGAAUGCAGUAGUGAUCAGUAUUUUCCGCAAUGGAUUUACAAAGAGCUUGAGGAAGUCGAAGAGCUAAACCAACUCGAGAUCACAAAUGGAGAUGAGGGAUCAAUGCUUAGGAGGAAGAUGGUGGUGGUGAGUUUAUGGUGCAUACAACCCAACCCAUUAAGCCGACCAAGUAUGACUAAGGUGAUAGAAAUGCUUGAAGGAGCACUCGAAUCACUACAAAUUCCGCCUAUGCCCACUCUAGCUCCUCCUAUGGCAUUACAACAAUCUCCUGCUAUGGACACAAUCUCAAUAAGCGGACUUUUUCAAGAAUAAUGUUUCUUUGAAUCUUCCACAGAAGUGUAAUGUCAAUAUACCGAACUAGUAUUAUAAACACAGAAAAAUGAUAGUCGGUUAGCACACAAAUGUGUUUGACCCACCCUAUUCUAGUAUUAUAGAUUUAUCCCUGGCUAAGGACACCUUUUUCUUUGACCAAUCACAUAUGAUAGGGCAAAUUUUAAUCACCGCAAGUGCACCGUGUAUGUGUAGCAAUACAGGUCG